AUAAUCAUAAUCAUCAACAUCAUUCUCUUCCUCCUUUUUCUGAACUGUAAAUUAGGGUAAAACCCUCUCUAAAUUUCAACUAUAAAUCAGGGAUUUCAAUCUCCCCGAAGAUCAAUUGCUGCAACUCUUAUCAUUCAUUAACAAACCACUACCAAUUAACAAACAUGAAGGUUUUAUGAUUAAUUUUGUAGAGUAUGGGGAACCGGGGGCAUAAAAGAACAGAAACAGUUGAUGAAUUGCCAGCCGAUAAGAGGACUUGUAGUUCAUUGGAGUUCAGACCCAGUUCAUCAACGUCACCAGUUCAAACACCAACUACAUCCGUAAACCAAACCCAUGACCAUGAUAUGGAAACAUCUUCAUCUGCUUCUGGCUCAGGCAGGACAGAUGAAGAUAAGGAUUCAGCAUAUGGGUCUUGUGAUUCUGAUGAGAUGGGUGAUGCAGAGCAUAUACGAAACAGGCAUGCAAUACUCGAUUACCAAAGGCAGCGGUUAUCUGGUGAUCAAGUGAAAUUCAAGAGGGUAUUAUCAAAUCUGAAUGAAGAAAUUGAGGAAUCUGCUCAACAGGCUGCUCUCAUGGAGCUUUGUGAAAUAUUAUCUUUCUGUACAGACAGUUCUUUAUCGAGUUUAAUGGCGGAUUCCUUGUCUCCUAUUCUUAUAAAGUUGGCUCGCCAUGAAAGCAAUCCCGAGAUAAUGCUUUUAUCAAUCAGGGCUCUAACUUAUCUAUGUGACAUUUAUCCUCGAUCCGCAGGUUUUAUUGUUCGACAUGAUGGAGUUACAGCACUCUGUCAGAGAUUGCUGGCCAUCGAGUACGUGGAUGUUGCUGAACAGUGUUUGCAAGCAUUAGAGAAAAUUUCACGCGAACAACCACUUGCUUGUUUAAUGUCUGGUGCAAUUAUGGCUGUUCUUACAUAUAUUGAUUUCUUCUCAACUAGUCUCCAGCGGGUUGCUCUUUCCACUGUGGUGAACAUAUGUGAGAAGCUCCCAUCUGAAGGCUCUUCACCUUUUAUGGAUGCAGUUCCAAUAUUGUGCAAACUUCUGCAGUACGAGGAUAAUCAGCUUGUUGAACAUGUCGCUACUUGCCUAAUUAAAAUAGCAGCACGAGUACAUCAAUCCCCUGAUAUGCUGGAUGAACUUUCUAAACAUGGGUUGAUUCAUCAGGUUGCACAUCUCAUAGACCUGAACAGCCGGACAACUCUAUGUCAUUCUGUUCAUACUGGUCUGAUUGGGCUACUUGUUAAGCUUGCUUCUGGUUCUAUGGUAGCUGUCAGGACACUUUUUGAUCUUAAUAUAAGCAGCAUUUUGAAGGAUAUAUUGGCAACAUAUGGCCUUUCACAUGGAAUGUCUUCCCCUCGGACAGUUGAUGGACAUUGCAAUCAGGUGCAUGAAGUUCUGAAGUUGUUGAUUCAGCUUCUGCCUGUUGUAGGCAGAAAUCAAGAAGUUCAAUUGGCCACAGAAAAAGCAGCUUUUUUGGUGAAUCAUCCUGAUCUUGUGCAGAAGUUUGGGAAUGAUUUGUUACCUGUCUUGAUCCAGGUGGUUAAUUCUGGUGUGGAUUUAUAUGUUUGUUACGGAUGUCUAUCCGUUAUCGACAAAUUAGUUUAUUACAGCAACUCUGAUAUGCUUCUCAGUUUACUGGAGAGCACCAACAUUUCAAGGUUUUUGGCUGGAGUGUUCACUAGGAAGGACAGACAUGUACUAAUGCUAGCCCUUAAUAUUUCUGAUACCAUUCUGCAAAAGAAUAGUGAUGUUUUUGUGGGACCCUUUGUAAAGGAAGGGGUCCUUUUUGCCAUUGAUGCACUUACCGUCCAAGAAAAGGGUUCACAGUUUAUGUUUUCAAUGUUCAACGAAAUUCAUUUAUCGAAUAGUUCAAGUCAAAAAGUUGCUGCAAAAGAUGCCAUACGAUGCUUAUGCUAUUCGUUUGAUGCCAAUCAGUCUUCAUCAACUUCAGARUCAUGGAAUUGUAAGUUGGAGAAGGAUUGUGUUAAGACUCUUGCGAAACACAUAAGAACAAAUUACUUCAACACAAAUUCGUCCACCUCAGAGAAUGGAAUGACUGCUGUUCUUGAAGAGCUGAAAUCUUUAUCUGCUGAAUUAACUUCUAUGUUAGGGGCUGAUAGUAUGCUUGAAGAAGAGUAUGAUAGUGUAUUGCAUAGGAUCAUGUCACAUCUUAGUGGAGAAGAUGUGAUUUCUACCUUUGAAUUUGUUGAGAGUGGCAUUGCUGAGUCAUUAUUUAAAUACCUAUCUAGUGGCGAAUGUUUGAGAAAAGAGUCUGACAGUCAUGGCACAAAAACUCAAUCCUGCAUUGCAGAGAGAAGACUGGAGGCGUUUUGGAGGCUUUUUUUGUCAUCCACAGAUCAGCCAUUCAAUAACUUCUCACUAUCGGCAUUUAUUUCAAAAUUACAAAGUGCUUUAUCUUCUGUUGAAGAUUUUCCUGUUAUGUUGAACAAUGUACCCAAGCACAGAAAUUCAUAUACUACUGUUCCACAUAGGCGUUGCACCACAUACCCAUGUCUGAAACUUCUGAUUGUGAAGGGAGAGGGAGAGACGACUUUGAGUGACUACUCUGGAGAUGUUCAGAAUGUUGAUCCAUUUUCGGAUUUUGAUGCAAUUGAGAGGUUCUUAUGGCCUAAAGUUUGCUCCAACAAUGAUAAAGAUAUAAAUUUGGUCAUGAAAGUGUGUGAUGAAAAUGGCUCUAGUGCCCAAUCAUCGUCUGAUACAAGUCGAUACAAUGUUGGACAGACUUCUGUUGAAUCAACAAGCAGGAUUGAAAUUCAAGCUGACUCUGCAGAACAUGACCAACAUGCUACACAAAAAGAUGGUAUCAUCAGCACAGAGCGUCCUCAAUCCAGUGGAAAUGAUAGUCUUUCACCGCAACUAUCGUUUUACCAUGAAGGAAAGCAGAUGGAUCGGUCUUUGACUAUAUAUCAGGCUAUUCUUCAACAACAAAAAGCAGAAUAUGACAGUCUCACCCAUGCAUCAUUGUGGAAUCAAGUACACAGAGUAACAUACAAAAGAUCAUCAAAUUUUGGGAACAGUAGUUCCCCAUAUUUUGGCUGUCGCCCGUGUUGGUCAUCUGCCUUGGACAAGCCUACAUCAUAUGGGCAGUUCUCUCCGCUUCUUUCGCACAUGCUUGUUCGUGAAAUUGGUUCUGCUGUGGAAAAAUCUACUCCGUGUCAUGAUAUUUUGUUUUUGCUGAAAACUUUGGAAUCUGUGAACAUGUUCAGAUUCCAUCUUCUGUCUCGCCAAAGAAUUUGUGCUUUUGCUGAAGGCAGAAUCAGUGACUUGGAUGGUGUAAAAGCAACAGUUUCGGGUAUUCCAAUGAAUGAGUUUGUAAAUAAUAGGUUAACAGAAAAACUAGAGCAGCAGAUGCGAGAUCCUUUGGCCAUCUCUACGGGUGGCAUGCCGUCUUGGUGUACGCAAUUAAUGGCAUCAUGCCCUUUCUUGUUUAGCUUUGAGGCAAGAUGCAAGUACUUCAAAUUGGUGAGUAAGCAUCAAGGUCAACGUCGGGUUUCAUCUCAAAGUAAUUUGGGAAGCCCAAGUGGGCUCCAAAAUGAUGCCCCUAUGCCCCGGAGAAAAUUUCUGGUUUAUAGACAUCAGAUUCUGGAAUCAGCUGCCAAAAUGAUGGACCUGCAUGCCAAUCAAAAAGUUGUUCUUGAAGUGGAAUAUGAUGAGGAAGUUGGUACUGGUCUCGGUCCCACAAUGGAGUUCUUUACACUAGUCAGUAACGAGUUUCAAAAGCCUGGCCUGGGGAUGUGGCGAGGAGACAAUUCGUCGCUUGCUUCAAUGCAAAGCUUAGGAAACCAGGAUUCUGUGAUUGUUGCAUCUCCAUUUGGACUUUUCCCGAGCCCAUGGUGUCCUUCCAUCAGUGUUGCAAGUGGUAUAGAGUUUUCAGAGGUGAUCAGAAAAUUUUUCCUUUUGGGCCAGGUGGUGGCGAAGGCUCUACACGAUGGAAGGGUUUUGGAUCUUCCCUUCUCCAAAGCUUUCUAUAAACUAUUCUUUGGACAGGAACUCACAGUGUAUGACAUCCAGUCAUUUGACCCUGAUUUAGGGAAGACACUUAUCGAGUUUCAGGCUCUUGUUCAAAGGCGAAAAUAUUUAGAAUCAGUUAGAGAAAAUUCAACAGCUGAACUUGAUUCUUGCUUCCGGGGUACAAAAAUUGAGGAUCUACACCUGGAUUUUACUCUUCCUGGCUAUCCUGAUUACAUCCUUGCUUCUGGGCCUAAUAAAGAAAUGGUAAAUGCAACUAAUUUGGAGGAAUAUAUUGAUCUGGUAGUCGAUGCUACAAUAAAUUCUGGAAUUUCGAGACAAAUGGAUGCUUUUAAAUCGGGGUUUGAUCAGGUCUUCCAAAUGAAGCAUCUUCAGAUAUUCACUGAUGAAGAGCUAGAGCGUCUUCUAUGUGGAGAAAGUGAAACUUGGAAUUCGAACCAACUUUCAGAUCUCAUCAAGUUUGAUCAUGGAUAUACUGCUAGCAGUCCUCCCAUUAUACAUCUUCUGGAGAUCUUACAAGAAGUUGACUACGAGCAGCAAAGAGCUUUCUUGAAGUUUGUGACUGGUGCACCACGGCUUCCUCUUGGUGGUUUAUCAUCGCUCAACCCAAAACUCACAAUCGUACGCAAGCAUUGUGAUAAACUGGUGGAUGCCGACCUCCCCAGUGUGAUGACGUGUGCUAAUUACCUGAAAUUGCCUCCAUACUCUACCAAGUUGUGGGUUUUUGCAGGAAACAAUGAAGGAGAAGCUUUUUUACGCGAUAACAGAAGGACAAGGGGCGUUCCAUCUCUCUUAGCUUGUGGUUCUUGCUGAAACAGGGGUAUAUAAGCUGUGAAUAUGUAAUUAUCAGGUUAGGCAGUGGUGGUACAGAGGAUAUGACACAGGCGGUGGUGGUGAGUGGUGACUGGUGGCGGCUGGUGGUGGUUCAUGACAGUUGAUUGUGUCGAUGCCUGCUAGUUCUAAGACAUAGGUGGUAGAUGGUCCAAUGCUUUGGAGGAAAAACUGUACAGAAAGAAGAUGCAUGGUUUCAAGUUUGACAAGCAUCCCCUCUCUCCAAUAGCUUCACUUUGUACAGUCGUUUUUAUCGUUAUUCCUUUAUACGUUAUGCUUGGUUUUUAAUGACGGUUUCUAGCAAGUAUUUUAACUUUCGAGACCAUUUCAUGCUUUUUACUUUGUUUGAUUGCUUGCGUGAUUGCGUUCGUGUCUUGUAUAUAUAUAUGUUGCCAGUUAGUAUGGUUGACGUUAUCGUCGUUUAACCUUA